AUGUCAGCGACAGUGGAGCAGGACGGAGGUGAAUUGGAAGCCAGGUUGACAGAAACGCAAGGCUCGAGACAAAACGGUAUCUCUGUAAGGGACAACUUGAAGUCUCUGGCAGCCGGUGGCGUGGGAGGAGUGUGUGCUGUGAUCACAGGACACCCUUUUGACCUGCUGAAAGUGCGGUGUCAGUCAAACCAGGCUUCCGGAGCGGUAGAUGCGGUGAAAAAAGUGCUGUUGGAGGCCAGAGGUCAACCAGGACCAGCGGUGCUGAACCAAUUGCGUGGCUUAUAUCGAGGCGUGGUUCCACCGCUGCUGGGAGUGACUCCGAUCUUUGCAGUCUCGUUCUGCGGAUAUGACAUGGGCAAACGGCUGGUGACAUGGGGGUCGAGCCCGAAAACCGAGAUUGCAGGCUCGAGCUCCAAAACCACGCCGUUGAGCACCGGCCAGCUGGCUCUGGCAGGUCUCAUCUCGGCCGUCCCUACAACGCUGGUCACUGCUCCCACAGAAAGGGUCAAAGUCGUGAUGCAAACUUCAAAGGGAGCAUCUUUUGCAGGCGCUGCAGGGAAACUGGUGCGUGACGGAGGUGUCAAAUCGCUGUUUCGCGGGUCUUUGGCCACCCUGGCCCGUGACGGGCCCGGAAGUGCGCUGUAUUUUGCAUCCUACGAGGUCUCCAAACGUUACCUUUCGAGCCUCCAAACAGACGAUUCCCUCAGCAUCACCAAUAUCUGCCUUGCCGGUGGCAUUGCAGGCAUGAGUAUGUGGAUCGGCGUUUUCCCCAUCGACACCAUAAAGACAAGACUACAAUCUAGUGCAUCGGCCAGCACGAUGUCAGAGGCAACUCGCGAAAUAUACCGUCGGGCUGGGAUAAAGGGGUUUUUCCCCGGACUGGGACCUGCUUUGAUGAGAAGCUUCCCGGCCAACGCUGCCACAUUUCUUGGCGUCGAGCUCACUCACCAACUGUUCAAACACUACAAUGUGUGA